UGGAGCAUCAAUUUGCGAGCGUUGGAUUUCGGUUUAUCUUGUGUUGUGGUUUCUUUGGCCGGGUUAUUCAUGCUCUUUCGGCUCCAGUCGAGCCUCAGGUACUCCAGAAGAUUUCAGUUCUUAGCAGUGAUAGCCCACUGGAUAAAGUACGUAUUUUGCAGCACAGGAAAAGGGCUCAAACUUCACAAGCUGCUUUUCAAGGAAAGAUGGCUGUAAGGGUGAAGACAGACAAAGACAGUCACCUCUUGUAUUGUACAGGGACUCGAGGAAAGGUGGAUUCCCUGCAGUUACAUGAAAAUGCUUCAAAUUCUGAAAGCUUUGGCCACACCAGACAACAAAUGAGCUUUGAAGAAGAAACUGCACAAGGGAACGAAUCUUUCUCGCAAAUUGAACCUCGCCUGACUAUAAAGCAAGAAAUAGACGAAAACUACAACAUUACCACGUCGCCUUGCUCAGCCAGAAGCCCUUCGCCGAGAAGAGCCAGGCGAAGUAAAUCGCCUCAGGAUAAUUUAUCACCUCACGAAUUCACUGAAAGGUUCUCGCCAGACAACAUGAAGAGAGAAUAUUCAAAAGAUGUUUCCCGACCUGGGAACGCGACGCGUUCAGAAAAAUCUCCCUUUUCCGAGAGUAAGUCGCGUCCUGAGGCCAUUGUUGUCUCAAAGACUUCCUUGCACGUACCGGGCUCUCGGUUAUUCCGACCGGACGAACGAAUGAGAAAUCUACAUUUCGAAGCAUUAUCAAACCAUCAAGGUUCAACUGUUGAUGAUCUUCCCAGCGCUUCUAAGAGGGUUUACAGCCAUUAUGGUUCAGUUCCUACCAUGGUUUCGCGUUUUUCGGAAAAUUAUGUUGUUCCACAACGUUUUAGAGCACGAAGCAACGAGGAGUUUUUACGCCACGAGUGGCGACAGUCCUCUCUGCAUGAGGUAAGUCAUGGGGAGCCUCCAGUUUACAGAAACGGUGUUGCACAAGUCUUAAAUAACAGUGAACCCAGAUGUAAGAAUAACUCCAAUGGUUUCCAAGAGGAGCAAGACCCUGGAGUUAAUGACUCAUCGCCAAACGACUCCAAAACGUAUCAAAACGGGUUCUCUGUAACUGGGAUAAAUUCGGAAAAGGGCGCUGUCCACAAGAAGGACGAAGAGCCAGUGUGGAAGAAAUACCAGUGGUACAGAGACCGGAAGCGACCCCAUUCUCAACAGACUAAACAACGUAAAUUAGAACAAACCAUUUUCAUGCAAUACAACGAGAUCCGCUGCAGGAGAGUUCAAGAAGGAAAGGUAGUGAACGCAGGAAGGAAGAGAUCGUCGGAAUCUUGGUUUCUCGGCGACAGUAAAGAAAUAAGUUAUCAGCAUCGUUCGUCUCUAAAAAGGGCUCGCUCUCUCGAGUAUUCUUUCGGAGAGACUCAGUCUAACAAUGCCGUUGUUGGACAAAUACGUUCCUCACCUCCACAAACACUUGGUGGCGUUUCCGCCGACAAUUCGGAGCAGGCAAACAAAUCGUACGUUCUGCCUCGCGAAAACCUUGCUCACAACGUAUUUGACAAAGACAAUUUAGAGAGAUUCAAAGACGCGGAAGAAACCCAUUUCAACACCGCAGGAAAUUUCUACUGCUUCUGUGGUAGAGAGGGCUGCAUUGAACAACAAAGGUCAGCUCGACAUGUCAUCUUUUGUCAUGAAGGAUUAAAAGCGAGAAACCAAGAAUGCAGCACCAAGUUCAAGGAAAAGACAGGCGUCGAAAUCGUUGAUCGCGAAGAAAGAAUGUCCCCUGAACUUGGAGAUGGUUCUUUCGAAGGGAUCAGCACCCAAAGAGAUAACGAUAACACAGAAGUUCUUCCCGAGAAAUUGCGUCGUUGUCCACAAGACGUCGCAAAGAUUCUACGUCUUAACAGAAUCGUAAAAGCCGUUACCAAUGGCAGGAAGAAAGAUUUUCCUUUAGAUGCGAAGAAAGAACUGCAAACAGUCAUAAGAAUAAAAAAACCCGAGGACCAUCACAACUCGAUCGCACAUGGAGAUGAUCACGAAGCGACGUGGAUAGGAAGACUCGACAAGCAGUCAGAAAACCUGAGCGACUCCGAACAAGAGAGCGACCAAAGAUGCGACAGCGAGAAUUCAGCAGAGAAAACGAUAGAGGAUGACGACGACGAUGAAGAGGAAAGAAAUUCAAUUGGAAAUUACAAGGACUAUUUUAGCUACCCCGAAAAAAAGCCUCCACAAAUGAGAAACGAACUCGACAACGGUUCAGUCUUUUCGCAGUCUGUUUCUGAUCAAGAACCGUUUCUGGUUCGCAAGCCAAACAGUGUUGAACAUCUACCAACUCGUGAUGACAACGACGCAGUAUGUCAGGUAAAUGGGCUUCUUUCACUGCCCGGAUUCAAAGAAACAAAGUUUAACAUCAGCCUGGGCGAGCUUAAAAGACGGAUGAACCCACCAGAGACGCUAACACGAGUUGAAAUGAUAUCCUACGUGAGACAGGCCAAGUCGUCGGGUAGAGUCCUUCUGGACAAAAACAACAUCGUCACCGCUAACCGUUCGCGUCCCACAAUUCUUUCACGCGUUUGUGAGGGUGAGGCUCAAGUCCUAGCCGAUGGAAUACACAAGAUGAACAGGGACUAUCUACCUCUUAUAGCGCUGGCUCGUAAAACGGUCGACACCUAUAGAGACGACGAUUGUCAGAUAGAGAAUUGUGAGGACUGCAGACUCAAACUCCGAAGAAGAAUUGUGGAUGUUGAAAUAACAAGAAACUCGCUGAAAGAGCUGCAUAAGACCAUCGAAGAGAGCAGAAAGGACGAUGUACUUCAGACAUUUGAGCUUGCUUCCCAUACAUUUGGGGUUCCAAACGUUCUCAACCAUUUAUCCCUUCUAGAUGACUACUUUAAAACUUUGUUAUGGACGCUACAAGACGAUUGAAACGAACUGACCGCACAUGGAAAUUACAGACUUACUAUCUCCAAACUAAAAGAACCGAAGAAAAGAGAACUAAUAAGCAAACACAAAAUAAAGAAAAAAAA